GAUCGGGUGACUCCACUGUGCACCCCAACAGACCCGGGGGGCUCCUCUGCGCACCCCACAGGGCUCGGGGCCUCCUCUCUGCGCCCCUCCCGGCCCGGGGGGCUCCUCCGCGGCUGCCGAGGAUGAGGAGGCUGUGACGGGCACAGGACAUGGCUCAGUGACAGCGGCCGCUCCUCUCCCUCACCAGCCACCAUGGGCUGCUGCUGCAGCUCAGACUACGAUGAGGACUGGAUCGAGAACAUCGACAUCUGCGAGCACUGCAAUUACCCCAUCGAGCCCAACAGCAAGCGCCAGAGGCCGAUCCGCAACGGCUCCGAGGUCCGAGACCCCCUGGUGUCCUACGAGUCCUUGUCACCUCCGUGCUCCCCCAUGCAAGACAAGCUGGUGGUGGCCCUGUACAACUACGAGCCCAAGCACGAUGGGGACCUGGGGCUGCGCAAGGGGGAGAAGCUGCGAGUGCUGGAAGAGAACGGGGAGUGGUGGAAGGCGCAGUCGCUCACCACGGGCCAGGAGGGGCUGAUCCCACACAACUUCGUGGCCUUGGUGAACAGCCUGGAGCCCGAGCCGUGGUUCUUCAAGAACAUCAGCCGCAAGGACGCCGAGCGGCAGCUCCUGGCCUCGGGCAACACCCACGGCUCCUUCCUCAUCCGCGAGAGCGAGACCUCCAAAGGCUCGUACUCGCUGUCUGUGCGGGACCUGGACGAGAGCCAGGGAGAGACGGUGAAGCACUACAAGAUCCGGAACCUGGACAACGGCGGCUUCUACAUCUCCCCCCGCGCCCCCUUCAGCAGCCUCAGGGAGCUGGUGCAGCACUACACACGCAGCUCCGACGGGCUCUGCUGCCGCCUGGGCAAGCCCUGCCAGACGCAGAAGCCGCAGAAGCCGUGGUGGCAGGACGAGUGGGAGGUGCCGCGGGAGUCGCUGAAGCUGGUGGAGAAGCUGGGAGCGGGGCAGUUCGGAGAGGUCUGGAUGGGUUUCUACAACGGGCACACGAAGGUGGCAGUGAAGAGCCUCAAGGCUGGCAGCAUGUCCCCCAGCGCCUUCCUGGCCGAGGCCAACCUGAUGAAGAAGCUGCAGCACGCGCGGCUGGUGCGGCUCUACGCCGUGGUCACCAAGGAGCCCAUCUACAUCAUCACCGAGUUCAUGGAGAAGGGCAGCCUCGUGGAUUUCCUCAAGACCUCGGAAGGAGUCAAGCUCAGCAUCAACAAACUCCUGGACAUGGCAGCUCAGGUUGCUGAAGGCAUGGCUUUCAUCGAGGCCAAGAAUUACAUCCACAGGGACCUGAGGGCCGCCAACAUCCUGGUGUCGGACACUCUGUGCUGCAAAAUCGCCGAUUUUGGGCUGGCCCGGCUCAUCGAGGACAACGAGUACACGGCUCGGGAGGGAGCCAAAUUCCCCAUUAAGUGGACGGCGCCCGAGGCCAUCAACUACGGCACGUUCACCAUCAAGUCGGACGUGUGGUCCUUCGGCAUCCUGCUCACCGAGAUCGUCACCUACGGCCGCAUCCCGUAUCCAGGCAUGACGAACCCCGAGGUGAUCCAGAACCUGGAGCGCGGUUACCGCAUGCCUCAGCCCGAGCAGUGCCCGCCGGAGCUGUACGAGCUGAUGAGGCAGUGCUGGAAGGAGAACCCCGAGGAGCGCCCCACCUUCGACUUCCUCAGGAGCGUCCUCGAGGACUUCUUCACUGCCACCGAGGGCCAGUACCAGCAGCAGCCCUGAGCCUUUGGGGUCCCCACAGACCCCAUGGACGCCGCCCCGGCCUGGGGGUGAACUCUGUGAACAUUUGCAGCGCUCCAGAGCUUGGGAGCAGCAGAUUUGACUCCUUCAGGAGGGGCUGAGCAGACCCCCAAGCGCUGGGGGAUGGCACAGGGUGCCCACCCUGCUGUCCCUGCCCUUCCAGGCAGGCCCCAGCCCCUCAGGGCUCCCCUAAGCCCGCUCUGUGCCCCCUUCACCCCCUGGGCAUGGCGAGAACAGACCCCCAAAUGCUAAGGGAUGGCACAGGGUGCCCAGGGGGUGCCCACCCUGCUAUCCGGUGCCCACUUUGCUGUCCCUGCCCUUCCCUGGGCCACAUCCCGGCCCCAGCCCCUCAGGGCUCCCCUCAGCCCGCUCUGUGCCCCCUUCACCCCUCAGUGAUGGCAGGAGCCCCCCCAGCAGCGCUGCCCACUGCACCCCCUCGGCUGCGGGACGCUCCCUCUCCCCCUGCCCCAGGGUGUUUGCAGGACCUCUCCCACAAUAAUUUUGGGGAAAUAAAGGCCAUUUCAGCGGC